UCGCCUCCCAAUGAAACUUCGAAACAUCGCAUUGUCAAUACAAUGGAAUGAUAUUUAUAGCUCAACAUGUAUCUUCAGAGCAUAGACGUUCAGGACUCGUCCUACCACCAACACAUCCUUUCUUGAAAUUCAUCAAAAAAUACCACUACAAAAAUGAUGAAAAUUACGCUGUUCGCUCUGGCCGCCCUUGCGGUAGCCUGCGCUCAGGAGACGGCGGAACCCGCGGCCGCAGCAGCCCCCGCUGCCCCAGCAGCCCCCGCUGCAGCAGCAGGCCCCGCUGUAGAGAUUGUCAAGCAAGUCGAGGAUGUUGAUGUUGACAAAUACAACUUUGAGUUUGAGACUAGCGAUGGAACUUCACGACAGGAGACUGGCGAGUACAAGAACGACACAGAACAGCAGGGUCUGGUCGUGAGGGGAAGCUACAAGUACGUCGCUCCCGACGGCCAGCACAUCGCCGUCACCUACCUCGCUGACAAGAACGGCUACCAGCCCUCUGAAAAUGCUGCUGACGAGGCCAACGCUCCCGCCGCUGCCGCUCCCCAAGCCUAAACUCCCACCAAAGCUGACGCAAGCCCAACAAAAUAUUCGCUGACACCAAAUAUUAAUGUUUGAAAGGGAUGUUUGGUCCCCAUAUAUCUUAACACUGCCAAAUAAAGUUGCAACUACCUACCAAAGGGUGAAAA